AAGCCCUUCCAGAGAGGGGGCGUGGUCAGACACCGCUCAUUUACAUAUUUAAAGGUACAGACACAGAAACAGCCUGUUCUGAGCAGGGCUGAAAUAGAGGGGUUUAUAGACAUGAUCAAAUACAGGAUCAGAGUGGAUUUAGAACAAGAAACUUCACACACAUGUUUAGAGGAGCUCUGAGACUUAUUUAAACUGGUUGAAGAGGAGGAGAAUAUGUGACCUUUAAAUAAUGAGAGUCGGCGACUGGAAAUUUGUAUUUGUUUGGCUGAAAACUGAUCAACAUGAAAAAUCAGUCAUGUAAAUUGAGAUUUUAAAAAGUACCAACAGUUGAAGCUUUUUAUUUAAUAAAUUAAUCUGGUUAGACCUCUUGAUUCUCUCGCUGUGUCAGGAAGUUUUAUGUCCAGAAAUUACAUUUUCAAAUUUGAUGUUUUGAUUUUGCUCCUGCAGCGCUCGCUCUGUCUGCAAAUCCUGUUUAUUUUAAUUAAUUUAAUUUGUGUUUAAUCAGAUGACCACAACUUAACAGACAAACAGUGUUGUAGAUUAGUUCUGUUUGGUUUCCACAUCUGGAAGCUAAUGUGAUGAAAAUAUUUGUUGGGACUUGAGGGAGGGAACAUUUCUGAAAUCGUGAUGUUGUUUGUUGGCUGAUAAUGGGGUCAAAACAUCAAAUUUUUGCCAGCAGGAUUAUUUUACUGUUUUCAUGAUGUUAAAUAGAGCUGUACUUUGGUUAGCGCUGUUGCUUCACAGUGAGGAGGUUCCUGGUUUGAAUCCCCGUCUGACAAGAGCCUCUCUGUGUGGAGUUUGCAUGUUCUCUCUGUACAUGUGUGGGUUCUCUCCGGGUACUCUGGCUUCCUACCUCAGUCCAAAGACAUGCUUAAAAAUAAUUAAGUCUGUCUUGUAUUGAGGCGAAGAUGUUAAACGCACAGUAUGUACAUUCCACCACCAGGGGGCUCUCAAGUAAAACAACAACAAAAGAUGACAUAUGAUGCUGGCGGGGAAUCAUGGGAGUGAUUCUCUCUGCUCAGUAUUUCUCACUCCUGUAACGUGCAGACGUCUCUGACCAACGCCCGAGCUGUCACUUGGGCACAGCAAGGGGCGAUCCUAGGGUCUGUUGGGGCCCAAGGCAAGGGUUAAUUGGGGGCCCCCUUCCAAUGAAUUUCCCUCUUUCUUUUUCCACCCCUAUAACGGAUAACUCAUCCUCAUUUUCCUUCAUUGGCAAACUUUGGUUUUCACAGGAAUAAUGCUGCGAUGCUCAGAAGGGAAUUGAGAAUGAGUUGCUGUCAGAUGGGGCCCCCUUAGGCAGUUUUCCUACUGUCGUUGCUAAAUUUGCACAAUUUGAGGUAGUUUGAGGGUUUCAAAGUUUGUCAGCCGUUGGGGGGGCCCCUACUGGCCUGGGGCCCCCAAGCAGUUGCCUGCCUUGCCUGUUGACAAGCAGCGCCUCUGACAGCAGGCAUGAUAAAUAUGUAUGCUCCUCUGUGCGGUUUAUAAGCAUGUGUUGUUGUUGUCCUCUCUCUCUCUCUCUCUCUCUCUGAGAAUCCGCUGCUGUUAUGGAGAUCUGGGCCAGUGGGUCCUGCGAACCACAAGGUUAAGCGGCAACGUGAUUAUCCCCAUCAUGUGAUCUACAGACCGGCCAUGAAAGAGAGCUUUUUAUACGAGCUGUAAGAACUCCUCAGAGGUUUUUCAUGCAUUGAAAGGAUACACGGGAUCCUCUUCAGCUCGGUUUGAUCAUGACACAUUCAUCUGAAUUCUCUCCUACUCUUCAACCGUAAAAGCUGGAGCUGAAGAGGUUACGCUGCCGACGUUUCUCUCAUGGAGCAUCAAUCCUCAGGCCAACACAGUCAAACCGGCCAAGCCCCAAGCUUUCAGUGGCUUUCUUUUGCGUACAAGGGCCUGACAGAAAUCCCCUAUGAGACUAUUCUACCACAGACUGAGAGCCUGGAGGUGCUGGACCUGAGUAACAAUCUGCUGGAGGAGAACCCGGCUCUGCUGGGACGUCUGGAGAAGCUCACCACGCUGAUCCUGGACUGCAACAACUACACGUCGCACAUCAAGUUCCCGUACAUGCCGAGCGUCACCACAGUGUGCAUCAACAAGAACAAGAUCAACAACCUGCCCGUGUUCGUGGAGGAAAUCAAACGGAAGUUCCCCAACAUAAAAAUCCUCAGUAUGAUGAACAACGAGGCAGCUCCGAGCUAUUUCAAUGGAGGAAGUCUGACCCAGUACAAAGACUACAGACAAUAUGUCAUCAGCCAGAUUCCAGGCCUGGAGAUCCUGGACGACACAGAGGUCCUGGAGAAGGAGCGAGCCCAGGCCAGAAAAACCUACAGGCUUCAGCAGAGCAGACAGAGGCGGAGACGGAGGAAGGAGGACUCGUCAAAGAAACAAACGCACACGCAGAAAAAGUCAAGUACUAUCAUAGAUGAAUAGUUUAUAGUGAAGUUUUUGAACCACCGGUCCCCCCCCCCCCCCCCCCCCCCCCCCCCUCUUAAAGUCCCUCCUUUAUCUGCUUUUUCAUGUUUACACUGAGUUAAAUAUUCAAAUGUUUUAUAAAGCUGUUAAAUAAAAAAAGGAAUUAUUCUACCUGUCGAGUGCAUCAUUUUCAACACCCUGAUGUAGUUCCCUAGUUUGUCCACUAGAUGGAGGCAAAGUUAAACAGACACAGAGGGGCACUGUGGCUGUUUUUCACAGUUUACUGGGGUCCAUAUUCUGGAUUUACAGCUUGAUCUAUCAGCACCACGUCAGGAGAAACUUUGAACUUUAGAAAAGUGUUCAGUAAUUAUUUACUUUUUGCAACAAAUAUACGAUAAAUAACCUGAUGGGCGGAAAGUUACUGGGUUAUUUAGGUUCUCUUAUGUAAUGAAAUGCUGCUUUUCUUGAUGUUACAUCGGGGUGAAUUACAU